AGACGGGUGGCUGGGCUCGGCGGACCUGAGGAAAAGUUUAUGCAGAGACCUGAGCAGACAGACAGCAGCAGCACAGAGUCCAGGGGUGGUGGGCAGCUGCAGAGGCUGGGAGACACAGCCACUUCCUGCCCUGGGCCACUUCCCUGGCAAUGCUGUGAGCCAGCCUGGGGGCUGUAUGUACUCUCAUUGCCACCCUGCAAGACAAGGGCCAGAGCCAUCUGGUGACAGCCUCUGGCUGAGCAUGGCCCUUCCAGCCCUGGGCCUGGACCCAUGGAGCCUCAUAGGCCUUUUCCUCUUCCAACUGCUCCUGCUGCUGCUGCCAACAACGACCACAGGGGGCGGUGGGCAGGAGCCCAUUCCCAGGGUCCGAUACUAUGCAGGGGACGGACGCAGGGUUCUUAGCCUCUUCCACCAGAAGCACCUCCAGGACUUUGACACUCUGCUCUUGAGUGCUGAUGGAGGCACUCUCUACGUGGGGGCCCGAGAGGCCAUUCUGGCCUUGAAUAUCCAGGAUCCAGGUGUGCCGAAGCUAAGGAACAUGAUAUCCUGGCCAGCCAGUGACAAAAAAAAGAGUGAUUGUGCCUUUAAGAAGAAGAGCAAUGAGACCCAGUGUUUCAACUUCAUUCGUGUCUUGGUCUCUUUCAACGCCACCCACCUCUACGCCUGCGGCACCUUCGCCUUCAGCCCUGCCUGUACCUUCAUUGAACUCCAAAAUUCCUAUCUGUUGCCCAUCUCGGAGGACAAGGUUGUGGAGGGGAAAGGGCAAAGCCCUUUUGAUCCUGCCCAUAAGCACACGGCUGUCUUGGUAGACGGGAUGCUCUAUUCCGGCACCAUGAACAACUUUCUGGGCAGCGAGCCCGUCCUGAUGCGCGCGCUGGGAUCCCUGCCUGUGCUCAAGACGGACAAUUUCCUCCAUUGGCUGCAAUCGGACGCCUCCUUUGUGGCAGCCAUCCCUUCCACUCAGGUCGUCUACUUCUUCUUCGAGGAGACAGCCAGCGAGUUUGACUUCUUCGACAAGCUCCGCACGUCCAGAGUGGCCCGAGUCUGCAAGAACGACGUGGGCGGCGAGCGGCUGCUGCAGAAGCAGUGGACCACCUUCCUGAAGGCCCAGCUGGUGUGCGCCCAGCCCGGCCAGCUGCCCUUCAACGUCAUCCGCCACGCCGUCCUGCUGCCGGGCAAUGUCUCCACCGACCUCCACGUCUACGCAGUCUUCACCUCUCAGUGGCAAAUCGGUGGGACCAGGAGCUCAGCUGUCUGUGCCUUCUCUCUCAAGGACAUCAAGAGUGUCUUUGAGGGGAAGUACAAGGAGUUGAACAAAGACACUUCACGAUGGACUACUCUUGGGGUCACUGAUAUCAGUCCUCGACCAGGCAGCUGCUCGAUGGGCCCCUCCUCUGAUAAAGCCUUGCUCUUCAUGAAGAACCAUUUCCUGAUGGAUGAGCAGGUGGUGGGAACGCCCCUGCUGGUGAAGUCUGGUGUGGAGUACACACGACUCGCAGUGGAGACAGCCCAGGGCCUUGAUGGGCACAGCCAUCUGGUCAUGUACCUGGGCACCACCACAGGGCUCCUGCACAAGGCUGUGGUGAGUGGGGACAGCAGCGCGCAUCUGGUAGAGGAGGUCCAGCUGUUCCCUGAGCCUGAGCCUGUUCGCAACCUGCAGCUGGCCCCAACCCAGGGUGCACUGUUUGUAGGCUUCUCAGGAGGUGUCGUCAGGGUUCCCCGAGCCAACUGUAGUGUCUAUGAGAGCUGUGUGGACUGUGUCCUUGCCCGGGACCCUCACUGUGCCUGGGACCCUGAGUCCAGACUCUGCCGCCUCCUGCCCACCUCCAUGCCGACGUCCUGGAGGCAGGACAUGGAGAAAGGGAACCCGCAGUGGGCGUGUGCCAAUGGCCCCAUGGGCAGGAGCCUCCGGCCUCUGAGCCGCCCCCAAAUCAUUAAAGAAGUCCUGGCCGUUCCCAACUCCAUCCUGGAGCUCCCCUGCCCCCACCUCUCAGCCCUGGCCUCUUACCGCUGGACUCACGGGACAGCAACAGUCGCAGGAGCCUCUUCCAUGGUUUACAAUGGCUCCCUCCUGCUGCUACUGCGGGACGGGGAGGGAGGCCUCUACCAGUGCUUGGCCACCGAGAACGGCUUCUCAUAUCCUGUGGUCUCCUACUGGGUGGACAGCCAAGACCCGCCCCUGGCCCUGGACCCUGAACUGGCCGGCAUUCCCCGGGAGCGCAUGGAGGCCUCACUGACCAGGGUCGGUGGUGGGGCCGGGCUGGCUGCCCAGCGGUCCUACUGGCCCCACUUUCUCACUGUCACUGUCCUGCUCGCCUUAGUGCUUUCAGGAGCCCUCAUCGUCCUCCUCCUCUCCCGACUGGGGGCACUCCGAGCCCGGGGCAAGGUCCAGGGCUGUGGGAACCUGCCCCCUGGGGAGAAGGCCCCAUUGAGCAGGAAGCAGCACCUCCAACUCCCCAAGGAACACAGGACCUCCUGUGAUAUGGACGCCGACAGCAACCACCUGGGCACCGAGGUGGCUUAAACUCUGGGCACAGACUGAGCCGUGGGGCAGUGCCUGGCCGUGCUGACCGGGGUGCCUGGAGCAGUGCGGACCUGACUAGCGGGGAGCAGCACAAAAGAUCACCUUCCUCCCUCAAGAGCAGCUUCUCUGCCACUCUGUGCCACCAAUAGCACUCCGUGGGCUGGGCACAGUGGCCGGCUCCCCUACGGGAUUCCCCUGUGCCAAGCGCAUGGGCUCUCAGACGGGGGCUGCCCCAGGCCUGGACCGAGGCUAUGAUAGGAGGACCUAGAGAGGAUCCUUCAGUUCUGGCCAAGCCGGGACCCCCCAGAAACAUACUGCUCCGGGAGACCCUAAAGCAUCUGGCUGUUCCAGGACCCUGGGGUAACCCACAACAUCUAAGCAACCAUCAGCUCGCACGCCGCUCCCGGAGACUCCACCUGAUAGCCGCUGUCCCUGGACACCAGUUCUCCCCUCUCCCAGGGAUCUUGAGGGUUCAGCAGGGAGCUGCCCCCUUUAUGUGCACCACUGACCACCUACCUUCCUUCCUGCUUCAGGUGGGGGCGGCGGUGGCCUCUUCUGGCCUGGCUAGAAUGGCAGUGGUAAUCUGAGCCUUGUUCGCGUCUUUACCCUGGCUGACCCUUUGCCCUCUGUCCUUUCCCCUUUCCUUCGCUUUGGGAUUCAGAAAACUGCCUGUCACAGUUUAUUUUUUAUUAAAAAGACAAAGCUUCGG